AUAUCUCUCUCCUCCAUUUCAUUCCUUUCUUUUCUUCCAAGACUGAGAAAGAAGAAGAACUCGCAUUCAACACCACAUCUAUUUCUCGUCUGGCCUCUGGGUCUGAGCAAAACGUUGUCGUAUUGAAGUCCGUUAAUGGCGAGCGGGUGGGUUAAGUCGUUGCAGUGCAAGUCUAGAGCAUUCGAAGACGUUUAUCACCCGACCCCGAAAGCGCUGAUGAACAGCGUCAGCUGCAGAAAGAGCGUUCAGAACAUCAAAGACGUCGUCGUCGACACAGCCAAGCACCACCACCAUAAGUCCAGAAAGUCCAAGCUGCUUCCUUCGCCGCCGCAACAGCCACCGUCGAAAAGAUCCAACUCGAAAUGCGACAGACCCGUAAAGCCCGAACCCGCUCCGAGCCCAGCACCUCAGCGCUCCCGGUUAAGCGACCCCACGACCCGGCCGGCCCGACCCCACGACCCGUUUCUGACGGAGCUCCCCGAGGGACACCCGUCGCGUAAUGUCGUAGAGAUUAUCUUCCACACCAGCUGGAGCCCCAAGGCGUUUUCGGGUCGGAUCGAGAUGAUAUUCAAGGUCCAGAACGGGUCGAAGACGGUGGCGCGGUUCGAGGAGUAUAGGGAGGUGGUGAAGUCUCGUUCCCGGGCCGGGUCGGAUGGUGGUCCGAAAGUUGGAUCCGAGUACGAGGAGGAGAAUGCGCGGUGCGUCGCGGACGGAAACGAGGUCAUGCGGUUCCACUGCCUUGGGACGCCAUCUGGCAGUGGGGUUCACGACGCGUUCGGUGGCGCGUGGAGGUUUCACAGCGGCAAAGGCUCCGCCAUUUGCACGUUUUCCGGUAGCGGUGUGGCCCACGAGAAUGCGGGUGGGGCGAGGGGCAGGAGAGCCAUGCUGGUUUGCCGGGUCGUUGCGGGUCGGGUCUCGAAGCAGCUGGAGCUCCAAUCGUUGCUGGAUGGCCGGGUCGGGUUUGACUCGGUGAGUGGGGACAACGGCGAGUUGCUAGUGUUUGAUCCACGCGCCGUCUUGCCGUGCUUUCUUAUCAUCUAUAAACUGUAAAAAUACAAUGUUUUUUUUUCUUUCCUUAAUUUGUCUCUUUUUAUAUAUUUCGUUUUCCUUGAGGUUGA